AUGUCAAUCAUUGGAAGGAAUGCUAUUCUGAACCUAAGAAUUUCGCUAUGUCCUCUGCGCAUGGGCAAGAGAUCGUUCGUAUCUUCUCCGAUUAGCCAUAGUGCAAAAGCUGUGAAGUUCUUGAAGGCCCAAAGACGAAAACAGAAAAACGAAGCUAAGCAAGCUGCUUUGAAAGCUUCAACUGAUAAGGUUGACCCAGUUCUGGGUCGUGUGGACACCCCCUUUAUAACCCGUAUUAUGGCAGAGCUAAAAGAACCACUAGUUCUGUCGAAAGGUUAUAAUAUUGAAGAAGUAGACAAGUUUUUUGCAGCUAUCGAAUGUGCUAAACGUGAAAGAGCUGAGUUAUCAGGUUUAAACACAGAAGUUGUGGGUCUCGAAGAGAUAGAAACACCAGAAGAAAGACGUGAAGCUAUCUUGAGAAUAUUGAGCAUGAGGAACUCUGAGAAUAAGAAUGCCAUUAAACUGGCUGUAGAACUUGCACGUAAGGAAUUUGAGAGGUUUCCAGGUGACACUGGUUCCAGUGAAGUCCAAGCAGCUUGCAUGACUGUUCGUAUCCAGAAUAUGGCAAAUCACAUCAAAGAGCAUCGUAAGGAUUUCGCCAACACUAGAAAUUUGAGAAUAUUAGUCCAACAAAGGCAGGCAAUAUUAAGGUAUUUGAAAAGAGAUAAUCCUGAAAAAUACUACUGGACUAUUCAAAAGCUGGGACUGAAUGACGCUGCUAUAACGGAUGAAUUCAAUAUGGAUAGGCGUUAUAUGCAAGACUAUGAAUUUUUUGGUGAUAAAAUAUUGAUAAGAGAUUCUAAAAAGGUGGCAAGCCAAAAGCGUAAGGAGAUAAGAAAACAAAAAAGAGCUACAUUUUAG